GAGGCGGACCUCGGGGGCAACUCGGCGAAGGCCACCAGCGGCAUCAACGCCUGCGGCACGCGCGUGCAGCGCGCCGCGGGCGUGGACGACGACGGGCGCUACUUCGAGCGCGACACCCACGUGAGCGCGAAGGGCGGCCAGAGCCAGGCGUCGGGCAGGACAUCGCGGCAAUCGAAGAACACGGGGUCUCCCGACGCCAUCUCGCAGAAGCUCAUCAACCGGUCCGGGGCAAUCGAAAUCUCGCGCAGGGAAGCGCUCGAGACGGCAGCAGCCCGAGUCACUCCGCGCUCUUUCGGCGCAGUGGACAGCCGGGCGUCAGUCGAGGCUCGUUCGGCGGAUGUGGAGGGCGCGCUGAAGCACCUAGCGACGUCGGAGACCGCCGUCCUCGCAGGCCUGGAUGGCCUCUCCCCCGUGGCGGAGGCCGAGCAGUUUAUGGAAGAGGAUCUCUGGAAUGCGCAGAUCCCCCGCUACGUGUUCGAGCGCCCCUCCGUUCGCAUUUUGGUCUCAAAGUUCUUGGUCAACCGGGGCUUCGCAGCGAAGUCCAUCGAGGUCGACGGCGCCCUGCGCUCCGUGAAGUUCGGGAUCGACACCGCGCUGGUGGCAGCGCUUGGCAAAGCAAUCAAGGUGCUGAACAGCAGGAGAGGCGCCGACGCAGACGGCGUCGUCGCAGAAGUGUUCAAGCACGCCUCCAACACUUUCCUGGGCCACUUGCUACACGUGCAUAGCGAUAUGACACGCGCGGGGCCUCUGGAGGGUUCGUGGGGAGAUACUUUGUUUACACUGCUGCCUAUGACCCGGGACCUGUCGCAGCCGCAGAAUUGGAGGCCGAUGACCUACAAAGCGUUCUCUCGGAUGCUCUACCACUGGCUGCGGGGCGCCCUGGAAAGUGCUCCGGGGCCCGAUCAAGCUGGCCUCAGAAGUGGCACUUGGAAGAAGAUGCCUUCUUGGUUUUUGAAGUUGCCUUGCGCGCCGCUCUGGUGCGCAAGUUUCGACUUGCGCAAGGCAUUCGACUGGAUCGAAUGUGCUUCCUUGUUCCGAGCCCUGCGCGGCCAAGGUGUGGAUGCAGACCGCGUCGCUCUGCUGGUGGGUUGCGUGACCGUGCUCUCGGAGAAGUCCGCGGAGGCGAUCCACUGGCUGAUAGACGACCUCGGGGUGCCGCUGACGGCGCUUUCGCAGCUGGGUGGCCAUGCGCGCAAGCGCACCCACCGCGUCCCACCGCGCGAAGACGGCACGCCUGUGCCGGUCGGCUAUACGAUCAUGCAGCACGCGCGUGCAGCUGCUAAGGGGCUGGACGGCAUCGACGUGAGGACUUCGUGCACCGUAAAGGCGAUAGUUAAAGGGACGCGCGAGGAUGGAAAGGAGGAGAUCACCAGCGUCGAGUAUGUAGACAAGGACGGCGCCAAGCAGACUCUGAAAUGCGACGCGGUCGUGAUCACCACAGGGGGAUUCGGUUUUGAUCACGCCGACGGCAGCUACAUGCAGAAGUACCGGCCCGAUCUUGUGGGGGUGCCCACCACGAACGGGUCUUUCGCCAACGGCGAUGGCCUGAAGCUUGGGGAGGACCUUGGAGCGCACAUGGUGGAUAUGGACAAGGUACAGUUGCACCCCACUGCCUUCAUCGAUCCGAAGGACCCCGGUGCCCACACCAAGUACCUGGGACCAGAAGCUCUGCGCGGCAGCGGGGGCAUCCUGCUGGACCAGAAGGGGCGCCGGUUCGUGAACGAGCUCGACCUCCGCAGCGUGGUGUCCAACAAGAUCUUGGAGCACUGCGACCCGUACAAGAUGCCAGACGGAACCGAGUACCGCCCUUGGGCGUGGUGCUUGCUGAACGAGGAGUCGCAGGAGAAGUUCGGCAAGCCCAUGCUGUCGUUUUACAAGGACCAGGUGGGCCUCUUCGAGGCGGUCGAGGGCACCAAGGGUGCAUGUUUGUGCCAACUUCCUUCUUCUAUCAUCGGCUGUGACGAGCAGAACGUCGUGGAGACGCUGAAGGAGUACGCAGCGGCGGCAGACCAGAAGAUCUGCUCGAAGACGGGCAAGGCCGUCUUCCCUUCGAUGCUCUGCGAGACGGACCAGAGCUUCAUCGUUGCGCGGAUCACGCCCUGCAUCCACUACACCAUUCGGAGGUCGAAGGUGCCGCGCCUGUUCGCCGCGGGGGAGUGCACCGGCGGCGUCCACGGCGGGAACCGGCUGGGCGGGAACAGCCUGCUGGAGCCUGAGUGCGUAGUCUUCGGGCGCGCCGCUGGGGAGCGCGCCGCCACGAUCAAGCAGAAGGCGCCUACGCUGCUCGACUCGGGCCAGUGGGAGCCCUUGGUGUUGCUGGAGGAGAAGGUGGAGCCUUUCGACAGCAACCGUGCUUGGUGGUGGGCGUGGAUACGCGAGCGGCCUAAGUUCUUCAAGUGCAUUGCCAAGAAGACUGUCGAGAGAACGCCGCGGGACCUGCCCGCCCCUAGACGCGAGCAGUCGUGGAAGACACGGGCCGAGGCGGAGAUGCUGCAGGGAAUUCACAAGGCGGACGUUGCCGAGCGCGCCCACAGUCUGAGGCUGAGCACGGCCGGCGGCAACCGGCUGCUGUCUCUUACGCCGGGGCCGAAAUAUGUGGAAGGCGGCGCAAGCCGAUGGGGGCAGAGUACGCUGAGCGAGAACGCGCCGCUGCCUGAGUACGGCAACAACACCGCCGUGUACCGCUUCCAGCUGCACGGCUCCAUGCAGCACACCGGCCUGCACGUGGGGCGCUUCAUCGCCAUCCGCGGGGAGGUCGACGGCGACACCAUGACGGGCUACUACAGCCCCAUCUCGCGGCCAGAGGACGCGGGCAUCAUCGACAUCCUGUGCCGCGUGGACGAGAAGGGCGGCCCGAUCGUCAAGUUCCUGCUCUCCCUGCGGCCCGGCGCCUCCGUGCAGAUGAAGGGCAUGGGCGGGCUCAAGCUCAUCCGGCAGCCAGGCGCUUACCAGCCUCGAACGUAUCCCUAUCCCUAA